ACCACAGAAGAAGAAGAAAAAGACGGAAAAAGAAGAAGCCGAAGAAGAGCAUCACAACAACCAGAGUUCUAGCUACAUGAAUGAACAAUUAAGCUAACACGUUGUGCUUAUUUGUUUUGUUUUUUAACCCCUGGCAAACAAAUUAAUUUAUCGAUACGUAGAAGCCGCCGUGAAGUUGUCGGCCUUUAAAUUCAUACAUUCACAACAAGCUGCUGUCGGUUUGCAGGCAAACUGCCUGUAGCUAAGCGACAACAAAGAGACUACAGCUGUACGCCGUAGUCAUUCUGUUAGCGUUGGUGCCAAAAUUCUUUAUUUUUCUCCAUUCGUUUUCCUUCAAGUAGUCAGACUGACAUGACGGGGAUGGCUUCUCCAGAGAAGGCGUCAAGCUCAAAAAAGAAGGGCGAGAGAAAGUGUGCCACCAAAGAGGAGUACAGGCAACUGUCCAGCAUCAUGGGAGUCAUGAACAAUUUGAGAAAACAGGGUACUCUCUGUGAUGUGACCCUGUUGGUUCAGGGAAAGCACUUCCUUGCCCACCGAGUGGUGCUUGCUGCUGCCAGCCACUUCUUUAGCCUCAUGUUUACCACCAGAAUGAUGGAGUCAAUGUCCCACGAGGUGGAGCUCAGGAGUGCUGAGCCUGAGAUCAUUGAGCUGCUGAUUGAAUUUAUCUACACUGCAAGAAUCUCUGUGAACAGCAGUAAUGUCCAGUCACUGCUGGAUGCGGCCAACCAGUAUCAGAUUGAACCUGUGAAGAAGAUGUGUGUGGAGUUCCUUAAAGGACAGAUUGAUGCAACAAACUGCCUAGGCAUUUCAGCCCUUGCAGACUGCAUGGACUGUCCAGAGCUGAAGGCGGCUGCAGAUGAUUUUUUUCAGAUUCACUUCACUGAAGUCUAUAAAUUGGAUGAAUUCCUGCAACUGGAUGUUGCGCAGCUCACACAUCUGCUGCACCAGGACAAACUCACCGUCCGUGCUGAGGCCCAGAUUUAUGAUGCUGCAGUGCGCUGGCUGAAGUAUGAUGUGUGUAACAGAAAGCAGUACAUGGUGGAGGUGUUGGGGUGUGUUCGCUUUCCACUGGUUUCCAAAACAUUCCUCUCCAAGACUGUCCAGGCCGAGCCCCUCAUCCAGGACAAUCCACAGUGCCUAAAGAUGGUCAUUGGUGGGAUGCGUUACCACCUGCUCUCCCUGGAAGACCGUGAAGACCUGGGAGAGAGCAGUCGGCCGCGACGCAAGAAGCACGACUACCGCAUUGCUCUGUUUGGCGGCUCACAGCCUCAGUCCUGCCGCUACUUUAACCCGAAGGACUCUAGCUGGACCGACAUCCGCUGCCCCUUUGAAAAGCGCCGUGACGCCACAGCCGUCUUCUGGGACAACGUGGUUUACAUUUUGGGUGGCUCACAGCUCUUUCCCAUCAAGCGUAUGGACUGCUACAACGUCUUGAAGGACAGCUGGUACUCCAAGCUGGGUCCACCCACACCUCGUGACAGUCUGGCUGCCUGCGCUGCCCAGGGAAAGAUCUAUACAUCUGGGGGAUCAGAAGUAGGCAGCUCAGCCCUGGACCUUUUCGAAUGCUACGACACCAGGACAGAGUCGUGGCAGAUCAAAACCAGUAUGCUGAUGGCGCGCUGCAGCCAUGGAUCCGUGGAGGCCAACGGGCUCAUUUAUGUUUGUGGAGGAACAGUGGGGAACAAUGUCUCUGGCAGAGUGCUCAACAACUGUGAGGUCUACGACCCUAGCACACAACAAUGGAGGGAGUUAUGUGGGAUGAGAGAGGCCAGGAAGAACCACGGACUGGUGGUUGUAAACAACAGGAUAUAUGCUGUUGGAGGGCAGGGAGCAAUAGGUGGACUGGACUCGGUUGAAUACUAUGAUAUUGCAACUAACGAGUGGCGUGGCGCUUCACCUAUGCCGUGGCGAGGUGUAACUGUGAAGUGUGCGGCAGUUGGUGAUAUCAUCUAUGUGCUGGCAGGAUUCCAAGGCGUGGGACGCCUUGGACACACCCUGGAAUACCACACUGAAACUGACAGGUGGGUGACUUGCAACAAGGUGCGAGCGUUUCCCGUCACAAGCUGCCUGAUCUGUGUGGUCGACACCUGCGGAGUCAACGAAGACGAAGACAUGGACCUCAUAGACUCUCAGCCACAUGCUGCAGCCACUGCCUCUUCAUCUUCCGCAGCCUCAUCAUCGUCAUAGCAGUAGAGGUAGUUUAAGCGUACUCGUAUAUUGAGUUGUGAUGCUUGUCGACAGUUCUGACAGCCAGUGAACUGAUUUCUGUGGGCUUGUUUUUCAGAAAGGAGCUCAUAGUAAGGGUUAGGCUGUAAAGUUGUUAUGUUCUUUAACCAGUGAAGUAGGCAGUUUCCUUUUGGCCACUCCAAAAUUUUAUGUCCUAAUUCUUUGGGCUGGACACUAAUUUCAUCUAUCCAUUCUCUGGAUAGGUAGUAGGAUUUAAAAUUUGGGAUUUAGAUAUUCAUCUGAAGGCCCGUUAAAGUGCCUGCCAACAACUCUACGGACAAUACUGCUGUCACACUGUUGACCUGUCUCUACCUACUGCUCAGUGAAUGGCAGCAACAGUGAGAGAGCAGCAGGACUCGGUGACGAGCUGUGAGUAGUUUUUGUUUGCAUCUUGUUGCCCAGACAGGGUCUGUGUUCUGGAUGAGAGAAAUGUUGCUUCUAACUUUGGUUUUGAAUGUUUUAAUUUACAUGUAAAUGUAGCUGAAAUAUUUUGGUUUAUGUAAGGUCAUUUUUGUUUGAUGUUGCAUGGAUGGAUGGAUCCAGUUGGAUCCAGUAAUUCAUUGAACAAACUGUAACUGUGCCUCCGUACACAACUCCAGUAUAUUUUGAAUUAGACAGUCAAGAUGAUCAGAAUGGCAGCCAUAAUUCAGAGGGGUUUACAUUUUCAUACAUUGGAGCCUCUGAAAAUGGCAGCCUAAGUAAUUAACGUCAAACUUGGAGUCCAUCUUUGUAUUCGUGUAUUUGUUUCUUUGACUGCACGCUCCUCUGAGACCAUCAGGAGUUAAGCAACCAAACUUAGCACAGUGGUACAGCAUAGGCCCCUAAACAUAUGUAUUGAUAUCAGAUAUUUUGAUCCCAUCAUGUUACCUACCAACCAUCACCACCCCUUAUUAUUAUACCAUAUAAAAGUAUAUCAAUUUGCCAAAAGCACAAAUAGGCCUGUACUGUAUUUUUAAUACUUGAAUGAAAACCCUUUGGACUCACUGGCCGCCUGAAGAGCUUUUACUGAUGCUUUUUCAGGCGUGAUUGCAGCAACAAAUGCUAGUUACCCUGGUCCAUUUGCAGCCAUACACGCCCAUACUAACAUUGCCUCCAUCAUCUUUGACAGAUGAUGUGGUACGGUUCAUAUCAUGACCCGUUUCUCUCCUUCUCCAUAGUUUUCUCUUCCCAUCAUUGUAGUACAAAUUCAUCUUGGUCUCAUCUGUCCAAAGAUUUAUUUAGACCUGUACAGGCUCUUUUAGAUGUUUUUAGCAUAGUUUUCUUGACCUGUUUAGAUUUUCUGAAGGAGUUUUUGUUAGCCACAGAAAUAAUUCUGUCAUUGUUUCUGCUCUCUCUCCAAUAGGUGUAUUUUGGUGUUUCUGCCUCCUUCACUAGUAUCAACAUCUCUUUGGGCCUCAUUAUGUAAAAAAAACCCCAAAACAAAACAGUGAAGAGUAAAAUACACAUUUUGAGAAUCAACUUUAGAUAUAAUGACUGUGUCACAUGUCAUGAAAUUGAAAUGGAACAGGGCUCAUCUAGUGAUGAUAGCCAAUUGUCCAAUUACUUUUUGAACCUCUAAAAAAUGGGGGACUGUGCAAAAAAAAUGCAAUACCAAAACAGUUAAUGCAAACUUUUUGUUAAACCCCCUGAAUUAAACCUGAAGGCUUGAACCUCAGUCACAUCUUGAUUAUUUGAUUUAUGUGGUGGUAGUGGUGUGCAGGAGCAAAGGUACAUACAUUUUGUCUUUAUUCAACAAAUUAUGGACCUAACUGUAAUUUUAAACACUUUUCUUUCUUUUCCAGUGCUCAGAAAAUAGUAUUUGAGGUACAAAUUUUCAAGGGCCAGUGGGAAGUUUUCCCAAAUUCAUAGAAAAACAAAAGUUAUGCUUUUUAAUGUUCUUCUUAGUUUAUGUGGUCUACUCUGUUUGCUUAUCUUUUUAUCACUUCUGUAGUUUGGCUGUGUACAGGAAGGUCCUGUUGAUUCAAACCCAGGACCUUCUUGCUGUGAGGGGACAGUGCUAACAACUGCACUGCUGUGUCACCAUUUCAUAUUGUAUAUUCACAUGUGAUUUUCUUGUUAUGAUGUAACUUUUUUUGCUGUUUGAAUUUAAUGCGUGUAAAUCAGUUUGUGAAAGAAAAACAGUCAAAUACUGGCUGGGUUUAUAUUUUAUUUUAUUUUGUUUGGUCCUUAUACAAAACACUGUAAAAUUAGAUUUUUUUAUAGGCUGUAAAAUAUGUUGUGUCAAAGUGUAGAUACAGCAUCUGUAAGUAUUUAACUCUUUGCUGUGUGCUGAUUUAACACUAGUGUUGCAUCUUACUGUUCGGUAGCUUUGUGUUGUGCCUUUAAAGAGAAAGCGUUAACAUUUUAUUCUUAGCUAUAAGCAGUUACAAUUAAAACACAUAGCUCAAUGUGAUGGUUUAAAAACAAGUUUCCAUUUCUUUUCAAAUACAAAUAUAAUUAAAAAUAUAAGAGCACCAAGUUGGUGAAAGAUAAGGCAGCUGCAAUGAAAUGAAGAAAAUGUAAGAUUUUAUAAAUUGCUCCAGACAUUUUCAUUAGCUGCCAUACAACUUUCUGCUGAUACUGACGAAAACUAGGAUCUCUGUGACUGUUUAAAUGUUGUGCUGGAAUAUGUAAAUAAAA